UUUUGAAUUUGUAAUUGUAAAAACUUUUUAUUUUAUUUAAGAAAGAAAAAAAGCUGGUUUUUUUAUUUUUACAUUUAUCUGGUAUUUAUUUUUACAAACAAGAUGAUUAAAAUGCAACAAAAAAGGAUGCAGAGUCAUUCGACAACAAUAUUUCUUGGUAUUAUUAUAAUUAUUUUUGUAUUAACACAAACAACAGUUGGUAGUAAAAAAUGUGCGGGUAAUGGUUUGGAUCUUAAAUAUGUAUGGGGUGAUGCUAUGACAGAUUCACCUGAUUGCAUUGGACCCAAUAACAUGCAAUAUCCAUCAGCAGCUAUUACGAGAAGUUUUAAAAAUUUAUGGGGAGGUAAUAGUAGAACAGCACGUUCUCAUAAUAAUCAAAGAAUAAAUGAUCCAGAAUCAACGAGAAAAACACUUCUUCAUAACUACCAAAUAUCAAAAGGCGAAGUUACAAUAUCAAAUACAAGAAACAGUCGUAGUUACAGUUCAAAGGAGACAUGCGGAUCACCAGCUCGACUUUGCAAAACCCGCUACAACACAACAGCACCAAUGUAUGGGGUCAGCUUGACUAGCGGACAACCAGUAACAAUUGUUCAAAAGUUUCCUGACCUACUGCAACAAGUUGUCUUUGAAGUUUGCGAAUCCAAAUCGUGUGAUGUGAUACGUGGUGAAUGUACACAAACAUAUGUGCCUUAUUUAUUUUUGGUAAUACCACUUGGUCCAGUAACACUAACUGGUCAAGACUAUGUACUAGUUGAAAGUGGUUGUGUUUGUAAACCAAAAAAUUCAUCACCCUCAUCAAAUAAUUCACCGGAAACUCCCCUAGUCCCAAAUCUUUCAUGAAAUUAAUUAAAAAAACAACUAAAUUAAUUAAAAAAAUAAAUUAUUUAAACAAUAAUAAAUAUUAAAAACAACAAAAAUUAGUUGAUAUAAUUUUUUUAAAUAAUUAAAAACAUUCCAAACAAGCCAGUGAACUUUUUGUGUGUGUGUUUUAAUAAUUUUUUUUUACUCAGAAAAAUGAUUAAUAUGCUCGUCUUUUUUGUGUCAUCAACUCAUCAUUCAUCAAUGAUAAAUGUCUGGUUGUUGACCUAAAGAAUAUGCUAUUAUUUCUUCUGGCAAAUUUCUCACGAAAUUAUUUGUGUUAGCAAGCAUGAAUAAAUAAUAACGGUGAAGAUAAUAUCAGUGAUCGAUGAAUGAACAAAAAAAAUCAAAACAAUA